CCACUUCUCCUCAUUUUCCCGCCCACUGCCACUGCCAGACUGCCUGAGCUGCACCGGCUCUCCUCACUGGCUGGCUGUGUGCAUCUCCUCCCUCUUGCUCCUAAAUUGGCAGGCCGCUGCCGGGCUCUCUUUACCCCCCCAUCCCCCCAGUCUUUCGCCUCGACUCGUUUCGCCUCGCCUGACCAACAACUGACUGACAGUCCUGUCUGCUCUACUCUUUCUUCCUCCUCAUCAACACCACCAGAACCACCUCUCUCUCUGAUAUUUGCUGCUGUUGGGGUUUUUCUUUUCCUUUUUCUUCCACGCCUCUCACCAUAGCCUGAAUAUAAACCUCCCUCUCGUGACGCCCUUUUUGUGUGCGUCUCGCCUGGCCUGCACUGCACUGCAGCCUGCACACGCGACCGACCCGACCAGCCGUUGGACCCGUUGGAACCGCUCCCCCGGAUUGUCUCCCCCGCGAUUUCGAAUUUGGGUUCCCAAAACCACUCACACAAACCUUCGACGGCCCGAUUACGAUCCCUCCUUCCUGCAUGAACCCCAGCUGUGCGCAACCACUUCGCUGCCUCACCUGCACGCCAUCUUCGCAUUGAGCAAUAGCCAGCCCGCUUGCUUUUUUUUCGACACGUCGGAUGCCCUCAGCACCAGGGGCCGCGGAGGUUCUCAUCACAGGCCGUCUGCCACGAGGUCUCCCGACUCCUCCCCAGGAGCCGCCGCAGUAAUCUGCCUGCCCUCACCCGCCGACCGAUCCACCGACGAGCGGCGGAAUUCCACUUCAGUCGUGCUCACCUCGACUCGACUCGACUCACCGACGCCGAUAGAAAAUUAGCGUCAAUUACACCAACCUUCUAACCCUCUCACAAUGACCUCAGGCACAAUGACGACCGCCGUCAAGAGAGCCUGUGACGCCUGUCACCGUCGCAAGGUCAAAUGCGACGGUGUCAACCCCUGCCGCAACUGCCACACGGCCCAGCUCGGCUGCACGUACCACGCGAUCCCUCAGAAGAAGGGCCCAAAGGGCUCGAGAGCAAAGGUUAUCAGCGAGUUGCGUGAGACCCAACGCCAGACCAGCCUUUCUGCACAGGUCCAGAACCGCAUGAAUGGUGUGAAUGCUCCUCCAGCCGUCCCGACGCUCGCCCCCACCCCGGGGCUUCUGACCAGCGAUAUUGUCAAGGAGUGCAUCGAAUUCUUCUUCGCUAACAUGUACCCAAACAUGCCCGUCCUCAGCCGACAGCGCCUCGAGCAGCAGGCUGUGUACAUGGAGCAGAGCCUGGAUACCUACUGCCUGCUGGCUGCGCUAUCUGCCUUCAUGAUGAUUCAGCCCGGCAUGUCCAUCCCAGGCGACGCGUACGGACUCGACAGCAUGCCCGGUGCAAACAUCGUGUCCAGCACAGUUCUCCUGGAGGAAGCAAUCCGUGUCCGCAAGGGAUUCGACUACACGGAAAACCCCACUCUCAACACCCUCUGCACGAGCUACUUCCUCUUUGCUUGUUUCUCCGGCCUCGAGAUGCACGAGAAGGCCUGGUUCCAUCUGCGGGAAGCCGCAACCAUGAUUCACAUAAUCGGGAUGAACAAGGAGGAGACUUACAUCCAGUUCGACGAGGUCGAGUCUUCGCGGAGGAGACGCCUCUACUGGCUGUUCUUUGUAACGGAAAGGGCCUAUGCAUUGCAAAGAAACAGGCCGGUGACAUUACAGGCCACCAUCAACUCGCCGUCACUGGCUGAUGACCCAACAGACCACAUGGCGCACCAGCUCAACAGCUUCAUUCACCUCUCCAGCCUGUUUAGGCCAUUUGAUGAUUCCCUUCUCGGGAUGUGGAGCAAGAACCGCGGCAACUGGCCCACUGCUUACCUGAACAACCUGCAUAAGCAGCUAACGGACAUCAUCCCCGCUUUUCACAGCUACGGCGACUCGCAGCUGCACGACCUCAGGAAUAACCAGCAAUGGCUCAAGACGAUGCUGUGGCAAUUGAACAGCAACGGUGCCCACAACGAGGAUCAAAUCUUCCAACAGUACUCCUCCAACAUGGCAAGCCAACUGCUCGCCGGCAUCUCGUCCAUGCCCCAGCAAAACUCCGAGAGCCUGAAUGUCUCCUUCUUGACAAAGCUCCUGGAUGUUGCUUGCUCACUGACAGACGUGCUUGCAUUGUACCCUGCUUCUAGGGAUCCAUUCUCACCCGGCCCACGCGAACAGCUUAACCCACUUCUGAACGUCCUGACAGUGCUCCGAAACGGCGAUUACCGCUUCGUUCCUUUGCUCAUCAGCAAGAUCAACGAGACACUGCCAAAGCUCGCCAGCCCGAUGCUUCAGAAUGUGCCAGACAAUGUCGCCACCAAAGCUUGCAACAUGGAUAUUUUCGAUGGCUUUGGCAACGCCGGCAUGGCCCAACCCCCGGUGAUGAUGGACGACUAUGAGAAGAAGUACACGCCGCGCAUGGAUGAAACACCAGUAGACUCCGGCAGCUCGCAAGGAGGAUCGACAUCUUCCAACCACGAGUUGAACUCGCCCUUCAUGAGCUCACCGCCAGCCACGUCACCGGGCGGGGAGUAUUCACACGGCCUGGGGGAGAACAGCUAUGGCUCAAUGUCGGGGAUGAUGAUGAAUCAGAUGGGCGCCUCGUCGUCAAUGAACGGACCACCACCUGUCACCAACCCGCCACAAACGCCGCAUACGCAACACCAGCCCCAACAGUCGAUCUCGUCGAUGCAAAACAUCAACACGCACAUGCAACACGAUAUGCCACAACACGGCAUGCCACUCGAACACACCCCGAACAUGGGUGUCGACCACCAAAAUCACAACUUCGGGCAACAGUUCAACAACGGCAUCGCAUACAUGAACGCCAUGUCUCAGGGCAUGAACACGAACAACCUCGUGAGCCGACAAGGACCGGCCCGCACAAACAGCUUCGCCAUGGGCCCGAACCACCCGAAUCAACAAACACUACGCACGGUGGCCGACUUCCAAGCCUUACAGAGGGCAAACUCAGACAUGAGUACCAUGAGCUCACUAGGCCUGAAUAAUGGCCUGGGGGUCGAAAUGGAUUUCAUGCGGUAGCGUCGCGUACCAGCCAGACUUCUUUUCCCCUGGCCUGGCACAACGCUUCGGCGGCAUUGACCUCUAUGUCUUUUGCAUCCAGCGAUUAUUCAUUGUUACUAUUUCUUCUUUUCUCUUCUUUCGCCCGAUUUAUGGGUUCCAAUUUUGAUUCGGAUGGAUGGCACGCAUGAUAUAUGACAAAUGUUAUCGAGACCAAAAAAGAGGCGGAAAAAUUUGGACAUAUGCUACACCCUGGCACAACUCAUCAUGCCGAUGACAGCACACCAGGAAAUCUGGGGGAGGAGCCUUUGUAUUUGUGCGCUUGAAUUGCGUCGUCUAUGGAUCGGACGGGACGGGACGGAAAGACCUGACUUUUUGUUGGCACCAUGGUGUUUUGGGAGCGUUGAAUAAGUGCGGCCUUGUUUUGUUUCUAAAAUGGCUGCUGCGGUUGGACAGCAGUCCUCUAUGAGCUGGCAGUCUCUGUGUUGCAUGUCUGCCUGCCUGUCUGCCUGUCUACGCUACUGGUACGAGCGAGUUGGGUGCGAGCUGGUGCUGCCAUGCACCAUGCACCCCGGGGUGGAUAUCUGGGCCCCGCCCGGUUGAACUGGAAGUUUAUACGUUAGCUCCUCAACUCUGGAAUGAAAGAAGAAAAGAACGUUUACACCUA